AAUUUGGCAAAGUCCAUCUGCAGCAGAGGAGAGACUGUCAGUGCUGUGGACAGCAGAGAAAGAGAGCAGGGAGAAACAUCUAGAUUAUGGAGUCCCAAGAUGUAUUUGAACUGGACAAAAGAAAUCCUGAAAACCUUGUUUACUUCCUGAUGAAAAAUUACAGCAUACCAAAAGCCUGCUUCUCUAAACCUCCAACAGCAGCACAGCUACCGUACAUGCUGGACACAGUACAGCUGUGCAUUAUGGGAAUUCUUACCAUACUCACCACAAUCUCAAUCAUUCUCUAUCUGGAAGAGGUCAUGUAUCUAAGAAAAAAAGUGAAAUGUGUGAUAAAGAGAAAUACAUCUUUAUGGAGCAGUGCAGCCCCCACAAUCAUCUCAUUUUUCUAUUGUUUGUCCCUGUGGAUACCUCGUUCAACUGGGUUUAUAGAAACCGCUGUGGGCACAUAUUUUGCAGUCUGUUUCUACCUGAUAUUAAUGGUUAUAAUUGAAGGCUAUGGAGGAAAAGAUGCGGUUGUGAAGAAAUUUGAGAGUGUUGAGUUACACAUCAAUACAGGGCCAUGCUGCUGCUGCUGUCUCUGCCUCCCCCGCAUCAAACUCACCAAGAGAAAGGUGAACCUUUUUGUCCUGGGAGUUUUCCAACUGGCCUUUCUGAAGCCGGCCUUUAAUAUCAUUGGUAUGAUUCUCACAGCUGAUGGAGUAUAUGACGUGGAUGAUGUAUCAACUCACAGCAUUGCCUUUUGGAUGAACAUUAUUCUUGGUUUCUGCACCGUUAUAGCACUGUGGCCCAUUGGAAUACUUUUCAGAGAAGCCAAAGUUCACUUGGCGGAGAAGAGUAUGGGGACAAAAUUUGCAAUUUUUCAGACGCUUCUCAUCCUCACCACUUUACAAUCGUCCAUCUUUAAUAUCUUGGGCAGUACCGGAGUUCUUCCUUGUGUUCCCCCCUAUGCAUAUAAAGCCAGAGCUAGCAUGAUGAACAGCCAGUUGAUCAUCAUAGAGACAUUUCUGCUGACUAUCUUGGCACGCAUUGCCUACAGAAAGGGGGAUGAUGUGGCUGGCUAUACAUCGAAGGCACUGCCUGUGUGAAGGGGCAAUAUUGCUGCAUGUAUUUAAUGUGUGGAUAGGAACACACAAUUUGGGCUUAUUUUACAAAGAAGAGCAAAGUGCAGUGUACAAAUUGUGCUCAGCCAUGGCAACCAUUUUGGUAGUUGUGAACGACUGGUAAACUGGCACAAACUUAUAAACCUUUUAGAUAGAUCUAUAAAGAUAGAUUUUAAAGGCAUUUUAUAGAUAUUUAUGAAGCAACCCAACAAGUCUGUAAUCCUUCAAAUUAUGGAGAAAUAAACUUUUUUUUAAACAUUA